AUGGUGAUCUAUUUUCCACACUGGGACCUUUCUAAAUCUCCUAAGUUUUUGCCCAGAGAAAAAGCUGAUGACAUUCCUUUCUCAUCAAGAGAGCUCACAAACAUUCUUCAACUCUUCUCCUUCUCUCGAGGCUCUCCCCAAGCCGAAGUCAUGGAAGAUUCGCUUCGACAAUGCGAGUUUAAGCCUAUUGAAGGAGAGAUCAAGAUUUGUGCCACUUCCUUAGAAUCAAUGCUUGAUUUUAACUAUACUGUCUUGGCAGCACCCAAAGAAAUAUCAGCUACCAAUUUGGUGGCUUGUCACAGACUGAGUUACCCUUAUGCAGUUUUCCACUGUCAUAGUACAGAAAGUAAGAUUAGGGUAUUCAAGGUUUUACUGGCAGGUGAGGAUGGAGCUAAGGUGUAUGCCGUUGCUGUUUGCCACACGGACACCACUCAAUGGAGCCGGAAUCAUGUGUCCUUUCGUAUGCUCGGCACUGAGCCGGGGCUUCCUGUUUGCCACUUCUUCCAAGCAGAUCAUUUUGUAUGGAUUUCAUCGCCUACUUCUUGA